CUACCAAGAGACAUGUACGAACCAAUUACCUCCAUCGUAAUUAGCUAGAACAAAGAACUACCAGCCCAGUGUGUUGAUGAUUGGCAAUUAUAGCUCCAGGUCUGUUAGUAUGAACGUUAAGUGAUCCCGAGAGAAUGCCACCGGCAAAAUUGAAUCUGAAUUCGGGCUGCCUCAAAAAGGGCGCAAUAUCUGCGCCGGGAGUAUUCGAAGUUAUAGCGAUUAUCUGCUAUCUUGUGAGUUCCGUGAUAUUUUUGUGUACGCCAACAUGCAUCGGGACACCUUUCUGGUAUUCAAGGUUAUAUCCUGUAACUGCAAUGACCAGUUGCCUAUUCAUUGGUGUGUUUUCCGUCCUAUUAACUGUUGGGAUUUUGGAUAAAAAUGGUGCCAUCAAAUGGGACACCGUGAAUUUCAUUUGCAACAUAGUGGAGUUCGUCAUCAUGCUUACAGUUUCCAUAUUAACAAUUGUCGCUUGCAAUAACAACGCUUCCUUAUUGCAUAGGUUUUCAGCGCCAAUAGGUAUACUAGGCGCGUUUUCACUAUUAACGAGUUCAACUAUAUGGGCGGUAAGAAGUAGGUCGUCAAAAGAAGUAGCUUUUCCAUCAGAGGAACGAACAGAAGCCGCCGGCUCAAAUCAGUAUCGAAGAUCAUUUGUAGCUUGAAUAUUGUGGAGAUA